AUGAUGAACUUCUUCAGGUAUGAUAUGUUGAACGUUCGAAUACAAGGAUACGAUUUUACUUAUCUGGAGAAAUUUCAAGCAUACGUUGACAGGAUGGCUCGAAGGUUCAAAUUCAACGUGGUUGACAGUUAUGCCGUAGCUGCUCAGACGCAGAAAGUGGUGGUGUAUAAAGCCAAUAGCACUAUUGUGGACAAUGAAUUGAAAUUAUCCCUUUACGAUCGAGUUGUUAGGUUAAGCAACGUACCGGCGCCACAACUUCAGCUCUUCAUCUCACUCAUCCAAACACAUUUACCUGUUGGAGUCACCGUCACCUUUAAGCAACACGAGAAAGCUGAUGAGGAUUAUCGAUACAUCCCUGACAUACUCUUGAAGCAAAAGCAAGAAGAACUCAAAGCUUCGUAUAUGAUCGAUAGUGAGGAGGAAUCUCGGCUGGGAAUAAUAUGA